AGGAGUAAUACACUACCGUUAUUAGCGGUUGGUAGUAAAUGGAGUAGACUACAGAAUGUACAGUAGUCGGACAGGAAGCUGACCGUAAUUCAUUCGCAGGCCAACCGUUGGAGAUGACGACCAAUUCCACGCGCUGGAUUCACCCUUCCUUAAGGGGCUCCCCUGUCCUCUCUUCCUCCUCCUGCCUUCAUUUCAAAAUUCCCGCCCCCAAGCCACCAACUUUCCAAUUUGUUGGGCAGCCCAUCAAAGCUAAAGCUCCAGCUACUCCUCCUCCUCCAAUCCCUCGUGCCAAUGAAAGGGUCAGUAGACCAUCAGAUUUGUUUGGCAGGAGAGAGCUCUUUUUCCUGUCUACUACUGUCCCAUUUCUUGUUCCAAGUCUCAUUGCUGUUGCUGCUGAUGAGAUUUUUCAGAUGAGGGAAGAGAUUGGGAAGGUCUUAUCCAAGGGAAAAGCUGCAGGUGUACUUCGCCUAGUUUUUCAUGAUGCUGGAACUUUUGACAUCUAUGACAAAACUGGUGGCAUGAAUGGCUCAAUAUUGCAUGAACUUGAUAGACCUGAAAACAAAGGUCUUAAGAAAUCUGUGAAGAUUCUAGAGAAGGCAAAGAGUCAAAUUGACAUACUAUAUCCAGUUUCAUGGGCCGAUUUGAUAGCUGUGGCUGGAGCAGAAGCUGUUUCAGUAUGUGGAGGUCCAAAAAUCCCUGUUCAGUUGGGAAGAAUAGAUUCAAUGCUGGCUGAUCCUGAACAAAAACUACCCGAAGAAUCACUAGAUGCUGCUGGUUUGAAGCAGUGUUUUCAAAGAACGGGCUUCUCCACACAGGAACUUGUUGCACUGUCUGGAGCUCAUACUCUUGGAAGUAAAGGUUUCGGAAAUCCUACAAUCUUUGAUAAUUCAUACUUCAAAAUACUCUUGGAGAAGCCCUGGUUGUCUUCAGCUGGGAUGUCUGCUAUGAUUGGUCUUCCUUCAGAUCGAGCACUUGUUGAGGAUGAUGAAUGCACAACGUGGAUCUCAAAGUAUGCCAAUGAUCAGAAUUUGUUCUUUGAAGACUUUAAGGAUGCGUAUAUCAAGCUUGUGAAUACUGGUGCAAGAUGGAGAAGUAUUUGAAUCCCUUAGAAAAGACAGUACAAUUGCAGAUGAUCAAGUCUUCCUGCAGGUAAUUUUGACUAGAGGAUCAAUCAAAAACAAUUCCGAAAUUGCAGAAAUUGCCAAGAGGCUCAUUUAUUUCUGAAACAAAAGCUGGGAUUUGUCUUUGGGCAAUAUUCACAGAUUGACUGCUGUCACUUUCAUAGAGGACAUUUCAGAAAGAUAGCUAAUUUUUGUUUAGCAAGUACCAGAGAAGGUUUGACA